AUGUCAGUCAAGAGCUUCGUUGAUAACGAGAUUGCCUCCAACAAGGUCGUGCUUUUCGGCAAGUCGUAUUGUCCCUAUUGCACGAAGGCGAAAGGGGCUCUUGCUUCAAUCAACGCCAAUCCCAAAGUUAUCGAACUCGAUCAACGUGACGACUGCUCGGACAUUCAAGACUACUUAGGCCAGCUCACUGGUGCUCGUAGUGUCCCACGUGUAUUCGUGAACCGCAAGUUCAUUGGUGGAGGUGAUGACACUGUAGCCAAGGUCAAGAGCGGGGAGUUGAAGAAAUUAAUCCAAGCUUGA